AUGGAGCUGGGCAGGGUGAUACUGGCCCGGUCUUGUACUUCCCUAGCUGAGGGCACGGACCUGGUCGUCUGGGCUCUGGAGAACUCAUCCACCCUGGCGGCCCAUGUGGCUGGAUCAGUGCCCAUGGCUGUGCAAAAAGCCCUCGGGGGACGCCCUGCCCUAACAGUACCUACCACUGCACCUCUGCCUUCAAGCCCAAGUGGAACAGAGCUGUGCAUCGCUUGUGAUGCUGCACUGCCCAUGGAUGAGACCAGUAGCCAGCACCCCAUGGUGGAAGGAGCCAUCUGCAGAGGCUGUCGUGCAGCGCUUCUCGAGACCCUGUUUGCUAUUGCACCGGAUGGUACCAGUGCAUAUUGCUUCAUCUGUGGAAAUGGCCUGGAGCUCUUCAUUUGUGACAAUCCGGAAUGCAGCAGGUGCAUCUGUUCAAAAUGCCUUAUACGACUUGUUGAUGACAGAGAACCAGAAAAGGUGUCUCGACGUUCUCCCUGGUACUGCCAUGUCUGCGGAGGUCGAGCAGCGGGCCGCCUCCGGCCGCGGCCUGACUGGGAGGCCCGGGUGCUGGACUUUUUUCGGCACUCGCCCGUGGCUGCGCCUCCUGUCCCGCCCCAGCAGUCUGGAAGGAGCUUACGCGUGCUGUCCCUCUUCGAUGGAAUUGCCACUGGCAAGUUCGUGCUGGAUCACCUGGGCCUGUCAGUGGAGGCGUACUAUGCCAGUGAGGUAGACAAGGACGCCAUCCAUGUCGGACUCACUCGUCACGGUUCGUCGAUUACCUACCUGGGCCCAGUGGAGCAAUUGACUGAUCAACAGCUCAAGCAGCUGUGCCCGAUCGACCUGCUCAUUGGAGGCUCCCCUUGCAGUGAUCUUGCGCUGGUCAACCCAAAUAGGAAAGGACCCUAUGAUGCAACAGGCACGGGCAUUCUUUUCUUUGAGUUCUACCGAGUCUUCCGCACUGUGCAACAAGAGAAUGGUGAAAGGCACCUGUUUUGGAUGUUUGAGAAUGUUGUUGCCAUGCCACGGGAGUACAGACGUAUCAUUUCACGCUUCCUCCAGUGUCAGCCAACACUAUUGGAUGCUUGCUACUUCUCGCCGCAAGCGAGGGCUCGGCUCUUCUGGGGCAAUAUUCCUGGAAUGUAUGCGACCCUCAAUCCGGAACUGGUGCAGAGUAUCAGCCUAGGGAGCAUCCUUGAUCCUCGUCUCAAUAGGAAGGCUGCGGUACAGAAAGUGCGGACAGUUACAACCAAUCCAAACUCUCUGCGGCCAAGCAAACAUGGAGUCCUCCCUGUUAUCAUGAAUGACGAAGGAGACGUACUGUGGACCACGGAGCUCGAACAGCUGUUUGGAUUUCCAAGGCACUACACUGACGUGGGCAACAUUUCUCUGGGCAAGCGACGACAGCUGCUGGGGAAGGCCUGGAGCGUGCCGGUCGUUUGCCACAUCUUGCGGCCUCUGCGAUCCUUUUUCCGCCACUCGCGGGAAGCUGCACACACGACGGCCACCUGAUCCCUGAAAAACUGCCAUCGGAACCUACUGUAUGCGGAGCAUCCUGCAGAGUGCUUGUGGUGUUUCAAUUGCGUGAGGAACGU